CCUCAGCAGCAGCAGCAGCUGCUGCUGCAGCAGCAGCAGCAGCAGGGGGUUGUUUCGCCUUUGGACACCCCACAGAACCCGAGAAGCAGCAAUUUCAACAGAAGAGCACCAGGCUUUACUUCUGCUGCUGCUGCACAGCAGCAGCAGCAACAGCAGCUGGUGCCACCUCCACCUGGAGGUAUCAGCAGCAGCAGCAGCAUCCCCAGCAGCAAUGGCAGAAGCAGCACUGGCGGCGGAAGCAGCAGCAUCGGCAGCAGCAGCAGCCAUAGCAGCAGCACAAGAACAGCAAGCUUAGGCAGCGAAACAGCAGUACUUCGGUGGAGGCCCAUGCGGCAGCGCUCAGAGCUGCCAGUCAGCGAUACCCCAACUCCAGCAGCAGCACAGUCGCGGACUCCACAGCAGCAGCAGCAGCAACAACAACAACAACAGCAGCAGCAGCAGCAGCACCAGCAGCAGCAGCAGCACCAGCAGCAGAACGUGCUGCGCCAACCAAGCUGGCGCAGCACCAUGCCAUAUGCAGCGUCGCCUGCGCAGCACCCUGGGGACUUUCCUCCUUUCUCCAGCCCAUGGAGGCAAGAUGAAGCUGCAGCAGGAGCUGCAGGAACAGCUGCAGCUGCAGCAGCAGCAGCAGCAGCAGCAAACAGGGCAGGUGUAGCUCCAUCAGACGCACUGAACCAGGAUGCAGCACCGCCAGCCGGCAGAACAGCGGGAGGAGACGAUCCCAGAACCCCACAAAGGGACGUAGAAGGUGCACCGCAACAGCAGCAGCAACGGGACUGGCCUUCUCUCCAGCAGCAGCAGCAACAACAACAGCAGCAGCAGGAGCAGCAGAGCCUGGGGCAGGACGCGCGCGCAAGCGACUCAUAUGAAGUGUGGCAGCGACUGCCCCCAGAUCCCAUAGCUCUUCUAGAGAGGGAGAUACAGCAGCAGCAACAACUAGAGCUGCAGCAGCAGCAGCAACUAGACCUGCAGCCACAACAGCUGUCACUGAGGGAACAGCAGAGGCAGCAGCAGCACCUCGCGAUGCUGCAAUAUCAACACACAAUGGAGAUGCAGCACCAGCAGCAGCUGGAGACGCGGCAGCUCCAGGAACGUCUAGGCCUGCAGGGCCUGCAGCAGCUAGACAUGCAGCAACAGCAACAGCAGCAGCAGGAGCAGCAACAGAACCAACCACAUCAUCUGGAGCUUGGGCAGCGGCAGCAUCUCGACGCGCAGCAGCAGCAGCAGCAUCAGCUGGGCCAGCAGCCACAGCAGCACAUUCCCGUGGAACAGCAACAGCAACAACAGCAGCGGCAGCAGCAAGAGGGGAGCCCGACGGAGCUUCAGCUGCAGCUUCAGCAGCAGCAGCAGCAGCAGCAGCAACUGGUGCUGCAGCAGCAAGCCGCUAUCGCUUCUCCCGGCAACUGGGAAGGUGGACGUCUUAGCGGAAUGAACGCGAGACAGUACCCUCAGUGGCGAGCCCCACCAGCCACAGACCCUCGGGGGCCCCCUAACCUCAGGCCUCCUUACAGGCAGCUGCUGCAGAGACGUGGAGACAUUCCUGCUUCGUCUCCUCCGUUUGGGGCCAGCAGCAGUGACAGCCCGCAGCAGCAGCAGCCGCAGCAGCAGCAGCAGCAACAGCAACAAUACCAGCAACUUCAACAUCAGCACCAACAACAGCAACAGCAACAACAACAACAACAACAACAACAACAACAACAGCAGCAGCAGCAGCAAGAUGAGGGAGGGGGUGCCAGCGGUGCAGCAGACCGGCAUAUAGCCGGCUUGCUGCGGCGUAUGGCUUUGGCUGAGGCAGCAGCAGACGUGCAAGUUGAGACGUGCAGUUGCAGCAGCAACACCAACAACAGCAGUAGCAACAGCAGCAGCAGGAGCAACAGCAGGAGCAGCAGCAGGAGCAGAAGGGGAGGCUGCCGCUGUUUGCAUGCAGGAGGAGGGCGAGUAUGGCGUUUAGUUUGGCUGCGGGGCUGCGUUAGUGAGACAGUGUCUGUGUGGCUGUCUCCAGAAAACCGGGUGUACGUACAGCUGCGUGUACCGCUGCAGACAACAACAUACAUAGACUAUCAAGCUGUUGCUGCAGCUGUCAGCAGCAGCAUCCCGCUGCAGCCGCGGAAGUGGACACAUGUGUGCAUCAGCGUAGGGGCCCCCCUAGGCAAAGGAUUGGCUCUAGGGGUCCGCUUAUAUAUGGAUGGUAGAGAGGUUGGUGCUGCUUCAGUCAGCAGCAGAUGCUGCAUGUGUCAGGGGCCUCUUCCUUUCUGGGUAGCUCCUCUGCCGCUGCCGCUGCGCCUAGAAGAGCUACUCAGGCCUCCCCCCCAUCCCCCUCUCUCCCAGCAGCAGCAGCAGCAGCAGCAGCAGCAACGGGGGCAUCUCUAUCCCCGCUGCAGGGCGCAUUCUAUGAAGGGCCUUAUUGCUGAUUUGCGCGUUUACUCUUCUUGUCUCAGCCAAAGAGAAGUAGCAGAUAUAGUCAGCAGCACAGAUCAGGCUUAUGGUGUAGACCGUAUAGCCCAGCUGCUGCACUGCAUGCACAAACAGGACAGAUGCAGCAGCAGCAGCAGCAGCUGCAGUAGCAGCAGCAGCGGCUUAGAAGGAUGCAGCAGCAACGACGGAAACCACUCACCAACCGAACGCCUCCUUGAACAACUCGCAGAAACAACAGCACCACCUCACCAACAACACCAGCAGCAACAGCAGCAGCAGCAGCAGCCCCGAAGACGCCACGAGGAUGAGUUGCUGCUGCUGCGCCUCAGCCAGUAUGACGAGCUGUUGCAGCUGUGGCGGCUUCAGAGACAGUGGAACUACUGGGAAGACACCCGGCGCUCUCUGCCUGCAGAUCCCCGCACAAUCCUUUGGCGUUACUCAGGUGUACAGACACCUCUUCAACCGCAGCAGCAGCAGCAGCAGCAGCAGCUUAGGGGAAAGUGGGAGCUUGUGCUGCAGCAUGUGGACUUGCUGCUAAGCGAAGAGGUUCUAGGUGCGGUAUUGGCCGUCUUAGAAGGGGGCGGAGAGGCAGUGCAGCAAGGAGAGGCAGCAGCAGCAGCAGGAGCAGCAGCAGCAGCAGCAGCACCGGGCGGGAGUGGCGGCUCUGCAGACGGGCGGGUUGACAUUGAUAGCGUCAACCACUUUAGGAGUUUGCUGCAGCAGCAGGACACUGGAGCGCAACAGCCGCAGCAGCAGCAGCAGCAGCAGCAGUUGUCGGCGCUGCGGCGGCAGCUAGCAGCAAACGCAAGCCUGUGGGGUGUGGCUGAGGUGUCCCUGCAGCUCUGUAGGGCCCUUACGCAGCUGCUGGUCUCCAUAGGGCCUUGUCUUGAGCUCUUCUCUCCCCGUCCUUCUUCCUUCUCCCUCACGCUGCAGUGCUUCAGGCACUUGCUACCAGCCAGCUUGAAGCACUGGCUCGUUAGUUUGUGUUUGUCUCUAUCAGAAGACCCUCGGGCUGAUGGGCGUCUCCGUAUUGCGAUUAACAGGGCCCGCGCGCUGCGGGCGGGGGAGCGAGCAGCAGCAGCAGCCCCUGCUGCUGCUGCUGCUGCUGCUUCUGGUUCAUUUGCUGCGGGGCAGGAAGGAGGCCGUGCGGCAGCAGCAACGGAAACAGCAGCAGCAGCAACCGCAACAGCCGCAUCAGGAACAACUGCGACGCCGCCCGGCGCUGCCAACGGCAGCAGCAGCAGCAGCAGCAACAACAGCAGCAGCAGCAGCGGGCUGAAAGACGUGACAAUGCAGCUCGCAAGCCAGCUCGAAAGUGUCUCUCCCUGGCUGCUGCGCCGCAGCAACAGGGUCUGGUUUGUUGCAUAUGAAGGAGAAGGAGGGAUUGAUGCUGGCGGGCUGUAUAGGGACCUCUUCUCUCAUGUUGCUGCUGAGCUGCAGACGCCCGGCAGCAGCAACGCGCUGCUGCUGCCCUCCGCUAACAGCCGGGGCUUCGGACAAGACCAGGACAUGUGGCAGUUGAAUCCUCAUUCUUUAUCUGCUGCUCGCCUGGGUGCAUAUCGAGUGCUGGGGCGGCUGAUGGGCGUUGUGCUGCGGGGCCGUCUGCACCUGGGUUUAAAUUUGUCUCCUUUGGUGUGGAGACACCUCGUUGGGCUGUCUCCUGAGCCGAAGGACUUAGAGGCAACGGAUGCACUCGCUGUGCAAAUCCUGAAAAAGGUAUUAGAUCUGGAGUCUGAGGGUCUGGACGCUGUCUCUUUUGCUGAGUCUUUCGCAUUAACUUGGUGCACCACUUCAGCUAGCGGCGAAGUAGUUGCGCUGAAAAACAGCAAAGGCGAUGAAGCAGUCCACUGGGCAGACCGGAGUCUCUACGUCGGCCACGCAUUCGCAUUCAGACUCGCAGAGGGACAAAUACAGACUGCAGCAGUGCGUGAAGGGCUUGGGGACGUGGUGCCGCUGCAGAUAGUGGACUUGCUGGAGCCCUACCAACUGCAGCAACUCGUUUGCGGCAGUCCCUCUAUUGACCUGCAGCUGCUGAAGAGCCACACAAAGUACACGGGAUAUACAGAGUCUGACAAGCAGAUAAGGUGGUUCUGGCAGGCGUUAGAGUCCUUCUCUCAAGCAGAAAGACAAAGAUUUUUGCGUUUUGUUUGGGGGCGCUCUCGGCUGCCUCUGGCGCAUGCAACAUGGGAGCAAGAUAUGGAAGUCACUCUAAAGGUGCCUGUACACUCGGUCAGCAGCAGUAGGCCUACAGCAACAGCAACAGCAGCAGCAGCAGCAUCAGCAGCAGCAGCAGCAACAGCUGCUGCUGCUGUUGCUGCAAGUGCAGGUGGUGGUGGUGGUGGCGCUGCUGCUGCUGCUGCUGCUGCUGAUGGUGAAGAAGAGACAGAAGAAGCUGAAGGGAGCUCAACGCGCACCAUCACAACCCCAGCGUCUGGAGACGCCGUGGAUCUCCCCCCCUAUUCAAGCUAUGAGGUGCUGCGCCGGAAGCUGCUGUACGCAGUAACAGAGGGCAUCGCUAUCGAUGCAGAUAAUACUGCAGACGCAGCUAACUGGGAGCUGGAGGGAGACUGA